AUGAAUCUAGAUAAUAAACCUCCGAGAGACAAAUCUGUACUCAGAACUAAAAGUAAACAUAAACAUCUUGAAGAAUACUAUGAUGAACACUUAAACGAGAUUCUUCCCAAAUAUUUUCAUCGAGGCGAUGUUGUAUCUACAGAUCGUAUGCUUGGAUAUGCGGACGCUGUAAUGGCAACUUGUGCAACAUUCCUUGUCAUUCCUAUACGAAAUUUACAUGAAAUGAAAACAGAAAGUUUGUCUGACUUUAUAUAUAGUAUUCGAACUGAGCUGAUAAUGUUUUUUUUAGGAUUUACAGUUGUGUUGACUAUUUGGGAAAAUAUUAACGUGCGAACAAUGGUAAUUAAACGAGUGGAUGAUUUUAUUUUAUCAUUGGUUAUACUAGAAAUGUUAGCAACAACUGUUCUCCCUUUUUCAUUAUCUCUUCAAGGGCAUUACCCUCACCAAAAAACAUCAAUUAUACUCACGUGUUGUUUGCUAGGACUUAUUCAAAUCAUAGAUAUUGCAAUUAUUUGCUAUUCUAUGGAAACACCAAGACUAUUACAUAUAGAUUUAAAAAAUUGGACAAAAUCAGAACUUCAUAGACUGCGAAACAUAAUGGUUCUUAGACCUUUUUUAAGUAUUAUUUUUCUUGUUUUUGGUGGUGUAUGUUGUUUAGUACACUAUUCUCUAUCUUGGUUUUUUAUUGCUCUGCUAACACUAAUGCCUACAAUUCGUAAACUUUAUUUAUAUUUACGAAGAAGGAUGAAUAAAACUUCGAGGAUAGAAAGAUAUCAAUUUUAUUUCCACUACUCAAAAGGAAACAUGCCUAAACAACGCGUAGAAGUUAUGAGUGAUUCAGCAAUCGCUAUUAUCACUUGUAUUUUAAUACUUGAUAUAACGGUUGAAAAAUUUCCACAAAAAAAAGAUGUAGAUGAAAAAGGACUCAAUUUUGUACUUGAAAAUAUGAAAAGUGGGUUUUUAAUAUUUUUAGCUACAUUUAAUAUGGUUUCAAUUUUAUGGUACGUCAAUCACACCGUAAUUCAUUUGUUCAAAACAGUGACGACUCUUAUGCUUUACCUGCAAAAAAUAUUUCUAUCAUUUUGUUGUCUUUGUCCGUUGGCCGGAAAUGCAGUUUUAAAGUUUGCUUCAACUGAAAACGAGGACACAAAAACUGGAAUUCGCUUUGCUGCAUUGAUUGUAUUUUGGUCGAGUAUAGCAAACUUAUUUAUUUUAUUUUAUGGUUUGCUAACUGACAAAAAAUAUAUGCAUCAGUGGGCGGCGUUCGAUCACUUUAAAGCCAACACACGACAACACUUGUACACAAUAUUCAAAACUUUAAAUGUACCUUUCUGGCCAUUGUUAUGCACCUUGGGGACACUUGGUCCGCCAAAGAUUGCUAAAUAUUUUUUGUACAUAACGUUUUUUGCAGCCCCGCUUUCAUUUAUUGCUGCCAAGUUUCUGCUGAUGAAUCACAUUGGUAAAGCAAUACGCCGCAGAACAACUCGUAAAUCAACUAUCAUUAAACAAGAAAACAAAAUUCAUCAUGCAGCAACAAUAGAACAUCAAGGAAACAAUUUUCUUUUGAUUGAUGGAACUUUUGUUUGA